CGUUCUUUACUUUGAACGGGAUUGGAAGCCGCCCAAGAACAUGGCCGCUUGGGAUGCGCAAGCAAAUCUGCGCGGCUGACUCGAAAACGGGUGCUUGUCCCUACUGUAUAUCCUUAUACCGUGGUCAGACGUAGUUUGUUUUUUUUUCAAUCGAUGCAGCUCCAUGAAUCGCACGUGACCGAGACUCCGAUCAGCUGAGCGAAGUUCGUCCUUGCCACAAAAAUGGCGUCGUCCAUAAUGGCAGCCACCACGAUUCGAGCCAUCAAAGGAAGAAAAAUCAUUUCGACUCGUGCUGCGCUUACUCUGACACCCAAUGCUGUCAAGAAGAUUAAGGAGAUUUUGAAAGACAAGAGUGACUACAUCGCCCUUAAGGUUGGAGUACGACAACGUGGAUGCAACGGUUUGAGUUACACGCUGGACUACGCAAAGGAGAAGACCAAACUCGACGAGGAGGUGGUUCAAGACGGUGUCCGUAUAUUUAUCGAUAGAAAGGCACAGCUGUCCCUCCUUGGAACGGAAAUGGAUUACGUCGAGAAUAAAUUGAGCUCAGAGUUCAUAUUCAAUAAUCCAAACAUCAAAGGGACAUGCGGGUGUGGAGAAAGUUUCUCGUUAUAGUGAAAUUUUAGUGCAAACUCCCUGUCGCGAUAGUUACUUCAUGAUGAUAGACUGUGAAAUACUUUAUUAUGAUGUAUUUAGGUAAACUAAAAUUGUAAGAUUGUGCGACAUUGUGUUCUCAGCGUCACUUCUCCUAGUUGAAGGCUGCGUUUGAGAUUGCAAAAUAGUUGCAUGUAACAAUUUAUCAUAACAAUUGUAAUUUUUGUACAUAUCCUAUCACAUUUGCAUUAUACAUUAUGUAUUUUCAUUGAUGAUGCACAUUAAUUACGCACUUUUUUGUUUUACUGUAAUCUUUCAUUCACAGUAAUUGAAGUUUCAUUAAAUUUUUAGUAACUCUCGUUUCAUUUUUUUCUUGUUGCGUUAUCCAUUUAUCACAUUGCAUAAUGAAAUGUACAAAUAAUGUAUAUAAACAAAAUAUAUUUUUAGUUAAGAAAUAUAGCUUGUUUUUCUCUUUUCGCAAUAUAACGUUUCUUUAUUAUACAUGAUUUGAAAAUUGUGUUGAUAAUGAGGUGUGUGAUUUUAGAAUACAUUUAUUUUAUAAUAAUA